UGAACUGUACUAAAGUAAGAUGGCAUUAUCAAAUGUUAGGGAGGACAACUACCGGUCCUAUUUGCGCGAAGACACUGAGAAGAACACCAAAUGGAGAUAUGGUGCCCCUCCAAAUUACGACGUUGUCAACAAGCUAUAUGAAGAAGGCAGAACCAAGGUUUGGCCUCAGGGUUCACUUGAAGAGCAGGUGCAGUCUCUAGUGAAGAAUUGGGAGAUGGAAAUGUUCCACAAGGUGGACCUGCAGGAUUUCAGAUCAAUAGACCCAAAGAAAUACACUUUCAGCCUGAACGGAAGGAAGCCUAUGACUCUGGAAGAGAUGAUGAAGCUUGGUGGAGGGUAUAUACCAAUGCUGCAAACCUCUAUACCAGAGAAAAUGAGGCCUUACAAUCCCUAUGAAGAAACAGCAGAUUCAUCCCAUAAGGCUUUCACGACAACAUUCCCACGUGGGUUUGCUUUGGAAAUUCUGCACGUGUAUUCUGGACCACCAGUGAUCGUGUACAAGUUCAGGCACUGGGGCUACAUGGAGGGUCCUUUCAAACGCCACGCCCCAACUGGAGAGAAAAUUCAAUUCUAUGGAAUGGCAAUUUUCACGUUGGAUGAGAAUUCAAAAGUCGUGAAGGUGGAGUUUUUUUAUGAUCCGGCAGAACUGUUGGGAGGUCUCCUGAAAGGUCCUGAGGAUGGUAGUGUUGAAGAUGCUAUUGCAAGCUGUCCUAUACUCAGGAACACCGGCUAGAGCUAGCAGCACAAGUUCAAGGAAGCCUUGAGGAAAAGGAUGGCCAUAAGUAAAAAUUAACUGCAGUUGUUGCAUCCAAUAAUGGCUUCUUGUUUGAAUUUUAGUUUUUUUUACAAUUAUGUUUAUAUAAAUAAAAUUGUACUGAUAUUUACUACAAGCUACCCAAAUCCAAGCAAAUUAAGGUUGUAAUACCCCCCCUCCCAUCAUGUAAUAUAUAAGCUUGGUCAAAUUAUGAGCAAUUUCUAGAUAAGCUCCUGUCCAAAUCUUCUGUAAGUUUAUAUAUAUUAAUUCAAUCAUCAUGAAUCCCA